CGAGAGCUUAUCUUAUUAUUCCGUCCUACUAGUUUGUACCAUCAAGACGCAAUUUCAUAAUCCGUUUGUGAACCGUUGAUCGUUGCUUUUUACUGAAUGUUAUAAAAAUAAAAGUUAGCUUCUUGACAACCGAUUAAAGGAAUAGUUUUGUACAACUUGGUGUGACACAUUAACUGUCUAUAGUACCAAGGAUUUUUUAUCACAUCGUAUCAAUAUGCGUGAAGUCAUCUCUAUCCACAUUGGUCAGGCUGGUUGCCAAAUCGGUAACUCAUGCUGGCCACUAUUCUCCCUCGAACAUGGCGUACUUGCCGACGGAACGUUAAAUCCGAAUUUAAGCAUUGACGAGAAUAUGACAACAUUUUUUCACGAUACUCGCUCGGGUCGUGUAGUACCUCGUAACAUGUUUAUCGACUUGGAAGAUUCAGUGAUCAACGAAAUCAAGACAGGCGCCUAUCGACACCUUUAUCAUCCCUUGUACAUGGUCACAGGGAAAGAAGAUGCUGCCAAUAAUUACGCCAGAGGCCACUACACCGUUGGUAGGCAGAUCAGUGAACAGGUUACAACUACACUUCAGAAACUGUCGGAACAGUGUGAUGGACUUCAGGGCUUUCUGAUAUUUCGGUCGUUCGGUGGAGGAACUGGUUCUGGGUUCUCAUCAUUACUGAUGCAACAAAUUGCCAUGGACUACGGCAAAAAAUGCAAACUUGAAUUUUCAGUCUAUCCCGCUCCAAUGAUCUCAACGGCCGUUGUAGAACCUUACAACAGCGUUCUCACCACUCACACGACCAUGGAUUCAUCUGAUUGCUGCUUCAUGAUUGACAAUGAAGCUACCUAUGAUAUCUGUUCAAAAAAUUUACAGAUUGGUAGACCAGAUUACAAUCACUUAAAUACAUUAGUAGCGCAAGUCGUUUCAUCGGUAACCGCAUCAUUGCGAUUCAAGGGAACCAUGAACGUAGAUCUGAAUGAAUUCCAAACUAAUCUCGUACCGUAUCCAAGAGUCCACUUUCCACUUGUAUCAUAUGCUCCGCUACUAUCAGCGUCAAAAGCCGAACACGAAUCUUCAUCUAUCUCGGAAAUAACGCAUGCUUGCUUUAGUCAACCGAACACUCUGGUCAAGUGUGAUCCUCGUACCGGAAAAUACAUGGCUUGUUGCCUUCUGUACCGCGGUGAUGUUGUCCCAAAAGACAUCAAUAACGCUAUCAGUGUGAUAAAAGCCAAACGUCACAUUGCCUUUGUCGAUUGGUGCCCUACCGGGUUCAAAAUCGGCAUUAAUCAACAGGCUCCUUCAGUUCUACCCGGUGGAAAUUUGGCUAAACCAAAACGGGCCGUCUGUAUGCUAUCCAAUUCAACUGCUAUUUCCGGUGCCUGGGAGAGACUAAACCAGAAGUUUGACCUCAUGUACCGAAAGAGAGCUUUUGUCCACUGGUACGUAGGAGAAGGUAUGGAGGAAGGUGAGUUUGCAGAAGCACGAGAAGAUUUAGCGGCUUUGGAAAGGGAUUAUGAGGAAGUUGCGGCAGAUACGGUAGAUGCUGAUGGUGGGGUAAGCGAGGAUGAUGAAUAUUGAAUUACUUUCUUUAAGAGUGUUUUUAAUUUUAUGGUUGUUAACGAAUAUUUUUUAUAGAUAAAUAAUUAAGUGAUAAAGAUUGUAGCAUUUGA